AUGCCGAGUUAUCAACCGAUUAAAUGCGCCCAAUGUGGAAUGACGUUUCCCAACGAUGAUGCUUUGAUGAAACACAAAAGUAAAUUUUGCGUUGGAGUCAAAGAUUCGGGCAUCAACAGGAAAUACAAUCCGUCGGAUGAUGAACGUACUGAUCGUUAUCCAAGAGAGAAUUAUGUCUUCAAUCGACCGUCAUCGAAACGAGGUACGAAACAUCAAUCGUCAGUCGCUAAGAAACGAAAUGAAGUGUAUGAUUGGAAGAACAAACGAUCGAUGCUUCAGAAUUUGAAAGAUAUGGAAGAUCAGGCGUAUUAUAACUCGCAAAAAGCACGAAAGCCUGUAGCACGUCGAAAGACGACGAAUAAUCAUGACCAUAUAUUGAACGAAUAUGAACGAUUAGAAGCACAAGAACGCGACAUUUUGAGACAGAUAUCGAAUUUAGAAGAUCCAGCGGAUUCCUAUACAAACGGUUUAACAGGUCAUGAGCGAAAUCAACUAGAAGCGUUAAAACGAGAAAAUGCUCGUCUCGAACAGGAGCGUCGGCUUAUUCAAGUCAAACUUAAAAAACUAAUCAUAAAAAAUGAUCAACUAACCACUGUGCCAGAUUACGAACCACAUAGAAUUUUACGCGAACUCCAAGAUCAACGAGAUCAGAGUAUGAGAAAUUUAUACACGCUUACUGAUCCACUUAACAAUCGACGAGCAUAUUCGACUGAAAUACCAUCGUUACCAUAUCUUCCACCGCAACGGCGAACGUCGGGAGACGAUAUUAGAACUAUGCGUAAUUCGUAUCUACAGUCUGGUGGCCACAAUGCAGCUGUACUUGUUGGCUAUUCAGAUAUAGAGCGUAAAUUGAGUCGAUAUGAUCAUUAUCCAAUCAUGAGAGAUAAUCCUGAACCUUUAAUUCGUCAGAAAUUUCAACCGGUUCCGCCAUUUCCCGGAGUUGAUUUGACAUCCAGUAAAGUAACGAAUGUUAAGAAUGAAAAUCAACGACUUCGAAAUGAGCUCGAUGACAUACGUCGUCGUUUUCAAGGAUUAGAUUCGCGAACGAAAAGAUUAGAAUUAGGCGUAGGGUCAAAUCGUCUGUCUGAUCCUAUCGUCACAAAUGAUGAUCACAAUUACACCAAGCCGAGAGUAAAUGGCAAUCCACCAAUGAACUCCUUAAUCCAUUCAUCCACUCGGCAGAACGAUCAUUAUCAACGUGCAAAUCGUUUAUCAUCGCCAACAUACAACCGCUACUCUCCAACUCAAAGUUUUGCACCGUAUGACCCUACGGAUGGUUUCGUUAUCUUCUUUGACUACAUUUCUAAUUUAUCCACGGCUAUUGAUCGUGUUCGAUUGAUUACUUGUCUUCACCAUGAACAGACAGGUCUCGGUGAACCUUCACAAUUAGAUCCAUGUAGAUGUGAAUUAUUAGCUGAUGAAUUAAGUAACGAUACAAUGCGAACAGCUUAUGUAGCCACGAAACAACCUGUACCAAGAUGUCCACCGCAACAAGCUUUGAAAAUUGUGGUGGAAGUCCAAGCCACCUCAAAACAAGCACCGCACGAUCCAUUCCUAACUGCUGCUUGGGCCAAAAUGCCUAUAUUUGAUUACAAAAACUCUUUGCUAACUGGCCGAUGGAGAAUAUCAUUAAAAUCCUUACCCAUCCAACACGACGAAAGAGUCUCAGUCAUCAGUUCACUUCCAAACUUUGGACAUGCCGAGUUGCAUUAUCGACUAGUCAAUCUUCGAGAUGCUGUCAAUCAAUCCAAUACCACUUUAGUGCCUCAAUCACGAGAUCUUUAUAAACUUCCUCCAUACGAUUAA